UUUGCAGUCAGACUAGUUUGCUAAGAGCAACAGUGCCGAUAGCAUGGGGGUGCUGAGUUUUUGCGCUCUAGCGCUGCUUGCUUUCAGCAUCCAAGUGCAUCAUACCCGUGGUCAGAGUUAUAUUCCGCAAUUUCUCAAAUCGAAAUACACCAGUUUGGAUACGACAGGAAACGCAGCUGGUGCAAAACCCGAAUCCUACACUGGUUAUGGAGGACAGAGCUACGUUGAGGAGGGUCACAGUUUUGGUGAGAGCGCUAGCAUUCCAGUGAGUGAAGCUCACUCCUACCUGUCAGGAGGCAGCUAUGGAGGAGGAGGAGGAGGAUUUGCCAAUGGGGGAUAUGGAGGCUCUUUCAGCGCGUCCGGAUCGCUUAGUGGCGAUUCUCAUGGCGCCCUCAAAACCAAGACAAAGACAAAAACCAAAACCAAGUCCAAAACUGGAAAGUACAGUGGAGGUUGCGGAAGCGCUCCUCCUUCCCCAAUGAACGCCGGCAUGCGAUGCUCCUCCUAUGGUGGCUGUAGGGCGGACUGCAUUCCAGAAUAUCAGUUUCCAAAUGGGAAAACCCAGCUGUCCAUCGUGUGCCAAAAUGGGAACUGGAAAGUGGCUGAUGAGCCCAGCUGGGCCACUGUUCCAUCCUGCCAACCCAUUUGCCUGCCCGAGUGCAUCAACAAUGGGAUUUGCUUGGCCCCGAACCAGUGCCAAUGUCCGGAGAACUUUGGCGGGCCGCAAUGCCAGUUUGAGAACAAACCUUGUCUGAAUCUGCCGGUUUUGCCGAGAAAUUCCAAACGAUCCUGCCGUGCCAAGCAAUGCACCAUAGAAUGCCUGCCAGGCCAUCAGUUCCCUGAUGGAUCCUCCAUCGCAACCCUGAUAUGCAACAACGGGUUUUGGUUGCCUGGAAAAGCCCAAUGGGCUGCCAUUCCAGACUGCAAAGCCACAUGCGUCCCGCCUUGUUUGAAUGGAGGCUCCUGCCUGUCCUACAACGUGUGUCAAUGCCCUCAGGACUUCAGAGGCCCUCAAUGCCAAUACAGUGCCAGUGUUUGCAGUGCUAAAAACAUGCAAUUCAACGGAGGCUACAAUUGCUCAGGCGAUAUGGACUCUUUCAGUUGUGCGAUUUUCUGCCCAGAAGGGAUUGCGUUUGAGUUUGUGCCCGAAGCAAAGUACACCUGCUUUUAUUCGACGGGACAAUUUUUCCCCAGCCCCCAACCGCAGUGCAUUUUCCCUGAACACUCCGAAGUGAUUUCCCAUGGAUCCAGCUCGCAGGAGUUUCAUUCGGGGGAAAUGUAUCAUAUUGGCGGCCAGAGCAGGCAGCAGAACUCCUUUACCCGCCUGGAUAAUCCAGAGGAGGAGUUUGAAAUAUUCCGGCACAAAUCCUUUCGGCAUAACGUCGAACAUCAAACUCCCGAGACCAUCAUAAAUCAAGUAGAUCAACUGAUGGUGGUUCCAACCAGCGGCUACGAGGCGAUGGAAAAUAAUUUUGUGGAUUUGGUGCCCAAGCCUGGAUCGUGUUAUGCUUGGGGCGGCUCGCACUACAAGACCUUUGAUGGGAAGAUUUACAGUUUCGAAUCCCGGUGCUCCCAUGUGCUUCUAAAGGACGCAAUCGACAAUACUUUCAGCGUAUUAAUCCGCAAUCAUCCAGACUGCUUUAAAGGAGUCGACCCAAGCAAAUGCCACAAAGUAAUCAAGGUUUUCGUGCAAGGAAAGGAGUAUUUCUUGAAACGAUCAGAGCAAGGGCUUCCCAUAUUUGCUUCUGCGAAAAAAAUCCUGCCCAUUCCCGGACACUUACCGGGACUAAGAGUGAACAUUGCAGGCAAUUUUGUGGUUUUAUCCAUGGAUUCUAUGGGGCUUGUUCUAAAAUGGGAUGGUAAACAGCUGUUGCAUGUAGAGGUUCAAGAAAGUCUAUGGAAUCGAACCGAGGGACUUUGCGGUAAAAUAGACGGAGACAAACGUAACGAUCUACUCACCAAAGAAGGCCAUCUAUCCAAAAGCAUCGCCACUUUAGCAUCCAGCUGGCAAGUUGAUGAUCUCGAAGAUCCUUGCAAUGACACCCCCAGGGAAGAGCACGCCUGCAGCGGCUAUCUGGAGCAAGAAGCCGCGGAUUUCUGCGGCAAAAUCCUGUCGGAUCCCCGAUUUGCUGCCUGUUUAAAGAGCAUGGACCUAACGGCGCUUCUGGACUCCUGCAAAUGGGACUACUGCUCCUGCAAAGACAGCGAUAAGUCCACCUGCACCUGUGAAACUCUGGAAGUUUAUGUGAAAGAUUGUAGCCAUAAGGGAGUGAAAACCAUCGUUCAAUGGAGGGAUGAGAAGACUUGCCCCAUGAAAUGCACUGGGGGUAAAGUUUACAUGCCGUGCGGCCCGAAGAAUGGCCAGCCAAUGUGCGGGACCGUCUCAAUGCUUCCGGAAGAUGACGACUCCUGCAACGAAGGCUGCUAUUGCCCAGAAGGGACGGUUCUCCAUGAAAACAGGUGCAUCACCAAGGAGCAAUGCCCAUGUAAACUGCGUGGGAAGAAGUUCGAUCCUGGUGCAUCCAUUCCAAAAGACUGCAACACUUGCACUUGCAGCAAUGGACAGUGGGACUGCACGCAGGUUUUCUGUGGAGCGCGAUGUGCAGCAGUUGGAGACCCUCACUAUGUAACAUUCGACGGAAAAGCCUACGAUUUCAUGGGCCAAUGCUCCUACUACCUGGUGAAGACCGAUGAGCUUUCCAUCAAAGCUGAAAAUAUCGCUUGUGCAGGCUCGAUUUCGCAGGCCAUGAAUUUUCCUGCUAGUGUUUCAGCUGGGCUUCCAUCGUGCACCAAAACCGUAACCAUACGAAUCAGCGGCCAAGUUAUUAAGCUGAAACAGAACCACGACGUCGUAGUGAACGGGGCCGAUGUGACCAAGAUUCCCUACAACGUUUCAGGGAGUAUCAUCAGAGCGGUUUCUUCCAUUUUCCUGCAGGUCGAACUCCCGAAUGGAAUCGAGGUGUGGUGGGACGGAGUUUCCAGAGCUUACAUCGAUCUUCCAGCCAGUUUUAAGGGCAAAACCAGGGGCUUGUGUGGCACAUUCAACAACAACCAGAAGGACGACUUUGUAACGCCGGAAAACGAUGUGGAACAAUCGGUUAUUCCGUUCGCCAACAAGUGGAAGACGCUGGAAAAGUGCAACGAUGUUCCGGAUGUUUUGUCCGCUCACCCUUGCGAUGUUAAUUUGCAUCACAAACCCACUGCAGAGCGACAUUGCGCGAAGAUUAAGUCGGAUUUGUUUAAGGCUUGCCAUUGGUUUCUGGAUCCAGAGCAAUUUUACCAGAACUGCUUGUACGAUAUGUGUUCAUGCGAGUAUCAAGUUUCUAGAUGUCUGUGCCCGACGGUUUCAGCUUACGCCACGGAGUGUUCCAGAAAGGGUAAGUCUCUCGGGAUUGAAGCUCACAUGGAAAAUGAAUCAUUUUACAGAAUAACAUCAGGAGGCGAUACGGAAACAAUCACCCUAACCAAGGACAAAGCCAGUCAAAGACCCAUUUCGAAAAAGCACGUCACUGUGAGGGAAAAGGGCAUUUUCGUGAUCGCAGAAGCUCCAGAUCUUGGCCUGGUAGUCCAUUGGGAUAAGGGAACAAGAGUCUACGUGAAAGUUGAUCCGCGUUGGAAGGACAAGGUGAAGGGCCUGUGCGGAAACUACAACGAUAACGAGGAGGACGACUUUCAAACCCCUUCUGGUGGGCUGGCGGAGGCCUCCGCCAAACUCUUCGGGGACUCUUGGAGAUUGCAGAGCUACUGCCCUGAAGCGUUGGAGCUCAGCGACACUUGCGGCGACAAUCCUGACCGAAAGGUCUGGGCUCUUAAAAAGUGCGGCAUUCUGAAGAGUUCGCUGUUUGCCCCCUGCCAUUCAGAGGUGCCGUUGGAUAGUUACUUUGAUAGAUGCGUGUUCGAUGCUUGCGCUUGUGACCAAGGAGGAGACUGUGAAUGUCUGUGCACAGCGCUGGCCGCAUAUGCCCAAGAAUGCAACAACAGGGGCGCCCCAGUGAAUUGGAGAAGCCAGCUCUUGUGCCCCAUGCAAUGCGACCGGAGGUGCUCCUUGUACAAGCCCUGUAUCAGCGCCUGCCCCUUUGAAACCUGCGACAACCUGAUGACUAACAGUAAGCUGACCAAGAGCUGCAGUGAGGACGCAUGUGUAGAGGGGUGCAGCCCGAAAGUUUGCCCUCCCGAUUUCGUCUACUUGAACGAGUCGUAUGCCGAGUGCGUGCCUAGGAAUACCUGCAACCCAGUCUGCAUGGAGUUAGAUGGGGUCACGUACUACGAAGGCGACCUCAUGGAGGAAGACGACUGCCACUCCUGCUUCUGUUCGCGGGGCGAAAAAAUUUGCAAAGGCCAAACGUGCAUGCCCACCGAGCCUCCCACUCUCACCACUCUGCAGCACGAGCAGGAUAUUCAGUGCGUCAGCGGAUGGACCGACUGGAUCAACCAGGAUAAGAAAGCGCUGAAGAACAGCGGGAAGGAGAAGGUGAAGCUGCAGGAAGUGGAGCCGCUGCCGAUGGAAAUAAUACUGAACAACAUGAGGAAGAACGCGAGCAAAUGCGACGCAAACCACAUGGUUUCCAUUGAAUGCUUGACGGUGGAUGGACGCCAGGUCAAGGAGCUGGGUUUGGACGUUGAGUGCAGCUUGGAGAAGGGUUUGAUAUGCAGGUCUUCAGAUCGCAGCGCCCCUUGUCCAGACUUCAAGAUACGAGUUUUAUGCCAAUGCGAGCCUUCAACGACUACUCCCGCAGGCACCACGGUCUCCUUAUGCGAUCUGGAAAAGCCCCAUCAGGAGCACCCUUCCGACUGCCACAAGUUCCUCCAAUGCACACCCACAACCAAAGGGUUCGAACUGGUGGAAAAGACCUGCGGUCCAGAUAUGUUUUACAACCCAGAGUCGAUGGUAUGCGAUUGGGAGGACAAUGUGGUGAAAAUCAAGCCCAGUUGUGCUCCAGAAACGCUAUGCCCAGUGGGAAUGAUCCAGGACGAGUGCGCUAUUGAAUGUGAAAAGCUGUGCGGUUACUAUCUGUUUGUGGUGAGGGAGAAAGGGUUGUGCUUUGAGGGCACCAAAUGCGAAUCUGGAUGCGUAGCAGCAGAAAAGAAGCUCAAAUGCCCGCAAGGCCAUUUAUGGUUGAACGAGAACACCUGCGUAGCAAAGCAUGAUUGCAUGUGUCUAAGCGAGGGCGACAAGCCGGUGAAACCUGGACAGGUUGUGAUCGAGGCCAACUGCAAGGAGUGCCAAUGCAUCGAUAACUUCUACGCUUGCCAUGCUGGAUCCUGCAAGGAGGACAUAGUGAAGACGACUUCCAUUGACUAUCAGGAAGCUGCAAACGUGACCAUGCCCAGCUUGACCACUGUUGUGUAUUUGGUUCCUUCGGUUUCGCCUCCUCCAGAAUGCACCGAAGAUAGGUUCAUCAAUCUUAUCCAGGGCGAUCAGCCUCUUCCUGAUAGCGCCUUUAGUGCCAGCAGCAUUUUGAACUUCAACUACGCCCCCAGCAAUGCGCGUUUGGACACGAAGACUCCCAGCUAUUCAGGUGGCAGUUGGGCGCCUCAAUAUACAAAUCUGGACCAAUAUCUGGAAGUGGACCUGGGGAUUCAAGAGCCUGUUUACGGAGUGAUCAUCCAAGGCAGUCCUGUUUACGACGAAUACGUUACCAGCUACAUGGUUCUCUACAGCCCGGACGACGGAACCAACUUCUAUUACGUGCUGAACAGUGAAUCUCCCCCACGUCCCCAAAUAUUUAGAGGUUCCAUCGACCCUUUCACGCCGGUCCGACAAAUAUUCAGCACCCCGUUUGAAGCAAAGAGAGUGAGAAUCAAGCCGCAAACUUGGAACAAUGCCAUCGCUUUGCGGGUGGAGAUAAUCGGGUGCUCGGAGGAAUCACCCACCACCACUCCAUCGUUUGAGUAUUUGACGACGCAACUUCCUAAAGUUGCCCACUGUGACGACGAGAUGGGCUUGAGGAAUGGCUCGAUGGUGGAUCAGCAGAUUUCUGUUAGUUCUGAAGCGUCUCAAGCUGUGGGGAAAACCCACAUUAGAUUGAACAGUGAGUCUUCCUGGCAACCGCUCAGCGACUCCACCACUGAGUGGGUCCAGUUGGAUUUUCUGGAACCGAGAGAUAUCACAGGGAUAGUGAGCAAAGGUGGCAAGAAAGGUUGGGUGACAACAUACGCAGUAAAGUAUUCCCACAACGGCAAAGACUGGAACCCGGUGGUGGAUGAACACUCGCAAAACGAGAAAACCUUCUUGGGAAAUUUCGACCACAAUUCACCCCAAGUGAACAACCUUGCCAUGCCCAUCAACGCCAGAUACUUGCGGGUUCUGCCCAUAAAGUGGCACAAAACGAUCCAGCUAAGGCUGGAGAUUCAUGGGUGUUUCAAGCCCUAUCCUGUUCUGGCCCUGCCAUCCACUACCACAGAAUCCAGCCUGCCUUGCAACAAUUGUCCAGGCGUGGAAGUCAAGAGUUUGGAGAUGGAAGCCUGCAGAUGUUUAGUAGAUCAAUGGUUCGAUGGGCUAAAAUGCGUAAACCGAACUCAGUGUCCUUGCAUGGUGGGUCACAUCACUUACGAGGUGGGUUCGGUCUUUGAAAAGGAAGAUUGCUCCGAAUGCAUCUGCAAGCUGGGAGGAGUGUCGCAUUGCACUCCCAAGCAUUGCGCUCCUUGCAAAGAAGGUUUGCGCAGCACAGUAACAAGCACUUGCAGAUGCACAUGCCAGCCGUGUCCAGAAAACACCAUUCUGUGCCCCACUAGUAACAUUUGCAUCAAUUCCACCCUUUGGUGCAAUGGCGUGCAGGACUGUCCUGAUGAUGAAGUGAACUGUGUUACAACGUCCAUUCCCACUACAACGACUGAGAAGCCGAGUGUUUGCCCGAUCGUUCAAUGCCAGCCGGGGUACAAGAAGGUGAUAGAAGAACCAGCCAAGAAGCAGACGGGGAAGAAUGUGUUUUUAUCGCCCCUGCUUAAUGCGCCUGGCUCAACCAAGAAGAAGGCUGCCUAUGCAGGCAUAAAAUCCGCCUUUAAGACCAAACACCCGGCCUUUGCAAGGCCGGAGGCUCGGCAGGAGGUGGUCGAAGAGCUGAUAUGCCCUCAAAUCAGCUGCGAAAUCGACAAACCACCCUCGAACUUGAAGAAGGUGAAAGAUCAAUGUCCGCCCGCAAUUUGCCAGCCUAAUUUCAUCGCAGUUUAUCGUGAUAAUACCGAUCCCAAGUCGAAAUCAUGUCCUAAGUAUUCCUGCUACCCGAAACCACCCCCGGAUGCUGUUUGUUACGUAACGGGGCGCACCUUCAACACCUUCGACAACACGGAGUUCAAGUACGACAUUUGCAACCACGUUAUCGGCCGGGAUCUGGAUCAGGACGAGUGGGACGUUGCUCUAAAGAAGAACUGCAGCCGGACCUGUUCCAGAGACUUGGCCAUUCGGCACGACCAGCACGAAAUUAUUCUGAGAGCGGACUUCAGCAUCAAGUACGAUGGCUACGAGUACACCAUUGAGCAGAUCAAGAACAUCGGAGCUCAGAACAAAGGCUUUUCCAUCACCCAUCUGGGCAGCAUUCUGCUUUUUACCUCUAACAGAUAUGGAUUUUGGAUUGUUUGGACAUCGGACGGCAACGUAAAGUUCGGCGUCGUACAUAAACUGGCCAACAAAGUGGACGGACUGUGUGGAUACUUCAACAACAAUCCAGAGGACGACAAGAGGAAACCGGAUGGUUCGCAAGCGAGAACAACCGCCGAUUUUGGCAGCAGCUGGGCCUUGGAUAAGGAACAGCCAGUGUGGUGCGAAGCCCGAGCCUGUCCGAUCCAUAUCCAGAACAAGGCCUGGGAAAUCUGCAAUAAAGUCAAGGAGCAGCCGCUGGGCCAGUGUGGGAAAGUAAUGGACAUCGAAGCGUUCGUAUCCAGAUGUCUGGACACGACGUGUGCUUGCAUGGAAAGAAGCGAAGGCAAUCACACCGCUUCAGAGCAAUGUAGGUGCCAGGCUAUGCAGACAUUUGCCAUUGAUUGCCUAUCAACGGAUUCUAGCAUUGAUUUGUCUGAUUGGAGGAUGCAGCAGGAUUGUCAAUAUCAAAUGCUAUCUGGCAAAUUUCCUGUUUUGGCAUGUUUUAGAUACGAAAAACAGAAAGUGUUAAAAGCAGCCAACCACACAUGGCAGGAUGGACCUUGCAGAGACUGCAAAUGUUCCCUUACCAGCUUAGGCAACUACCAGCCCACGUGUUCUGCAACCGAAUGUCCAAAAGUGGAAACGCACGAAGACUACGCGGACUAUGAACUAGCGCUCGUUCCUUUGCACAAUCGAUGUUGUCCGAAAGUACGCAGAACCGCUUGCAAGUUGAACGGCAAAAAACACCCAGUAGGAGACGAAUGGUAUGAGGAUAAGGACUUUUGCAAGAAAUACCACUGUGUGGAGUCGGCGAAGGUGCGGCUGGAAACCUCCACCAUCAAUUGCAACGAGAAGGAGUGCAAGGCUGGCUACGAGUACAAAAGUCCUUCUCCUGAGGCUAAGGAGUGUUGCGGAAAGUGCGUGCAGGUUGCUUGUGUGGUUGAUGACGUGGUGCGGCCAGUUGGGGACAAAUGGACUUCGGACGAUUAUUGCACGAACUACUUCUGCCAGAACUCAAAUGGAUCACUGCAAGUGGAAGCUGUUAAAAUCGAGUGCCCGAGUAUCAGCAAGGAAGACCUGAGCGACUUUGUCUACGAAUCCUACACAGUAGAUGGGGAAUGUUGCGAGAAAAACAAACCAAUUGCUUGCAAAGUUGGGGACGAGGUUUAUAAGAUUGGCGAGACUUCGCCUUCGCCUGAUGGGGAUAAAUGUAAAACGAUCACUUGCGUUAAAAAGCCCCAUAAGGACGAGCUGGUGAAACAGGUUUCGGUGGAAAGCUGCAAAAAGGACUGUUCAAAGGGCUGGGAGUAUAAGGAAUCCGAGACUCAGUGCUGUGGGGAAUGCGUGCAGACUUCCUGCGUCGUGAGCGAUGAACUGAAGAAACCCGGCGAAACAUGGCAAUCUGAUGACGGUUGCGUGACUUACUCUUGCGAUAAUCUGGGUGGGCAAUUGCUGGUGUCGAGUAACCACGAGUCCUGCCCAUCCAUCGAAAACUGCCCGACUGCAAACGUUUACCUCAAAGGCUGCUGCAAGUACUGCAACGCCACGACUAGUGAGCACAUGAAGCUGUGCAGCCCUCAACCGAUCCAGCUGGAAAAAACUGUGCAUCUCAUCGAGGUUUCCCGGAUGCCCUAUGGAAAAUGCGUCAACGAAGAACCCAUCCGGCACUUCACUGAGUGCAUUGGCACGUGCCACUCUUCAACGUUCUUCAACAUGAAAACUGGCAUGCACGAGUCGGUUUGCUCCUGCUGUCAAGCCACGGAGUUCCACUCGCUAGAUGUAGAACUAGAAUGCGCCGAUGGCUACAAGUGGAAGAAAAAGGUGGCAGUUCCAUCUAAGUGCGAUUGUGUCGCUUGCGGCGAGGGCUCACCUUAUUUGAGCGAUGCAACGACGAAGCCUAAUUUCCUGGAACUGGCUUAAAAAUGAGUAAGGAAAAGCACUGAUCACCAGCACAAAACAAACGUUAAAUAUUUUGUUUAUUGUAAGAAAUAAAAGUAUGCAGAAAAGUAACAAACCCACA